AUGAUCCCAAAGAAGCCUGAGGCCUCUCCAAAGCAUGUUGGCUCAACGGUUUGUUGCGCUUCAGCUGGCCGCUGCUCCAUGAAGGUCAUCUGUGGCUUCCUUCCAGUCUUUGCUUCUCAGAGCACCGGCACCCUGGCAGUUGAACCAGGAAACUCUGUCAGGUCCCCCUAUGCAGAUGUGCGGCUAACCAGUUGGCCCAUGUUGACGACGCAUGAUGCUGCAACCGGAUACAUGCAAAAUCCGCUAGAUCCCAGAGUCACCUGGGGUCAGACGCAGCCUGCGUCCAAACAUGCUUUUACCGAGCAGCUGAAUUGUGGAGCACGUGCCUUUGACAUGCGGCCACAUGUCACCGACGAGGGCAAAGUGGUGUUUCAUCACGGUGAUGUUGAGAUAAUGCAGGAUGCCGAGACUGCCGUAGCGGAGAUCGUGCAGUGGGCGCAGCAACAUCCGGCUUUAGAGGAUUUUGUGUUGAUUUACAAUUGGGACUGUACGGGAGCGAGCUGUAGCACUAAAGUCGCAGAGCUUCUCGCGAAAUAUGGACUGGCGACAAUGGCAAACUGCAGCCAGUUGAACCUCACUCUCAGUGCAGCAGCAUCCAUGGCGAGUUUGCCGCACGGUGGUCAUGUCCUCGUUGUGAACGACUGUGUUCAGCAGCAUUACAAUGAAAGUCUGGCAUGCUCCGGUUUUGACCAGUCCUUCGAUGCAUCCGACAUAGCUGAUCUUGCAGGAAACCUGCCGCACUGCCGGGAGCUUCACAACGCGUCGUUGGACGAGCUGCUCCUCUGCGGACAUCAAUUGCAACAGCGACAUGCGGCAGCUGCUCCCACGUCUGCUGUUGGUUAUUACCAGUGCUGGGUCGGUGCUUCGGGGCAUGACUUUGCCGUCCAGCGCUUGUUGGGCUACCUAACGGGGGUGGCAUCCAAGCCCCUGCCAGCCGACAGCUUCACAGAACUGCAAGCAUUGUGGCAGGAAACCCCGCAGUCCGUGGCGAUUGGCGUGGCGCAUUUUAACUCUCUCCUCAAGGACGAGGAGCAGAGCCAGCUGAAUGCCCUCAUGGCGCAAAAGAUUCGCAGCGGCGCCUUCGGGCACAUCAGCUUGUUUGAAGUGAACAACGUCUGUGACCAUGGACUGGAGAUGGUGGCGUUUGUGGAGCCACUGGUCUUGUCAGAGACGGUGCCCUGUGCGAGGGGCGAACUUUUGCAGUUCAAGGAAGCCUCUGCUGAGGCGAGCUACCUGGGAGCCUGUUGUGGGCUCGUGUGUGUGAAGGCAGGGUCGUACUAUGAUAAGUUUUGGGAGGCGACCGGCGAGGACUCAAUGGGGCAGUCGACGCCGCCGGCUACUAAUCGGUGGCGCCGGUGGCAAGAGAGUGGCACCGGCGGUGUGUCCAGCGGGGACCAGGAGACUUUCGGGGCGAGCCAUGGCUUGGGCAGCCGGCGUGGCGGCCGACGGGGCGGCAAUGAACAUUGGAGCUGGAAGUCUGAGCGUGGCUGCGCGCCAUCAAGCAGGCUUGGCCAGACGGAGCUCGACGAGACGAUCAGGGACUAUGUGACCGCUCCGGAAGAGGAGGAGGAAAAGGGUGUGGUUAAGGUGGCUGGCUCCGGAGCUGGAGCCGAACGCAAGGGGCCGGGGCGCAUUUCGAACACUUAUCCUCCGGUGUUUCGCGCCCGGCCGCAGGAAAGCUACCAGGAAUGGCGACGGAGUGUGGAGUUUUGGGUAGGUGGAGAAGGAAAUCAGCUGCCUGUUGAGUUGAUUGGUCCGAGGAUGAUGGUGCAGUUGAAGGACAGGGCGGCUCAGCUUGUCAAACAUUUGCAAAUCGCGGAUGUCCAUGGCCUUGACGGGAAGGAGGUUAUCUUCCGCGAGCUGGAGAAGUCGCCUUUGAUAAGCAGGUGGACCGCCACCGUGUGGAUGAGCACAGGAGGCGGCUCAUGCAGCUCUCCCGAGCACCGGGAGAAUCCAUGGAGAGCUACGCGUUCUAUGUCGGGCACCUGCUGGAUCAUGCUCGCUUGA